GGUCUUAUGGGAACUUUAAACCCGGCCCAUAAAUGCGCCGUGAACCCACCCGAUGAGCCGAACGUGUUCGCUUCUCCCCUCUCACGAGAAUCAGGGGCCUUUACUGUCAAAAGCUCUUUGCUUUUUCUCCGGUUCAGAUGGUCAUUUACAGAGGUCUUCGAGUAGUCGACCGUCUUCCUCGUCGCUUUGUCACCGGAAAGAUCCCACAUAUUUCUGCUGGUAAAAGUUAUAUCACGGGAAAUUGCUGCAUAAGUAAUGCCCUACUUAAUUCCAAUUCUCGACAUGAAUACAGGUCAGCAAGAGAGUGUUACCAAGUACUCGGUUUGAGUGGGAAUUCAGCUAGAUUGCUGAGAGAUGAGCUUUGUCCCAGGAUGCGGGAACAUUUUUGUACAGCAGCAGAAAAUAAGGACACAGACAAAGCAGUUCAGCAAGAACAAAAAAUUUCUGUGACAUUUGUAGAUAAGGAUGGAGAAGAACAGCAGAUAAAGGUCCCCAUUGGGAUGUCUAUCUUGGAAGCGGCACAUGAAAAUGACAUUGAUCUCGAAGGAGCUUGUGAAGGAUCACUUGCAUGUUCCACUUGUCAUGUAAUUGUUAUGGUAGGAUAUGGAGUACUACAACAAAUUAGAAGAUCCAGCUGAUGAGGAAUAUGACAUGUUGGACCUUGCUUUUGGGCUCACAGAGACGUCUCGCCUUGGGUGUCAAAUAAUCGCAAAACCUGAACUGGAUGGGAUUCGGUUAGCUAUACCAGCAGCAACCAGAAAUUUUGCUGUUGAUGGAUUCAAGCCAAAACCACACUAGUCCAUGAAUUCAUGAGUCAUGAUAGAUGAGAGACAAAUAUUAAUAAUUGAUGUAAUAUUUUAACUUCAUGAAACUUGAUUUUUAUCUUAAUGGCAUAGUGAGUUAUUUUGCCAGUUUUGCUUGUAUUUACAGCUUAGUAAUUCAAGUUUUCAAGUUGUUCUAUAAACAAUCGAAUAAGAGGUGAACUAAUUUUGAUUGGUAUUUGGCAAUGGCA